ACCACUCACCUUUCCCUGUGCAUCUAAUCUGACUUUGCACAGACUGGGACACCAAACAGGGACAUCAUGUCGAGAAGUGCUGCUGUGAUAGCCAAGGACAAGAUGUUGGCUGAUGGUGGUGGAAUGAAGAGGGACCCAGUAAAAUAUUUGAACCAAGACUUUGAGAAGCUGAGGGCACAAUGCUUGGCAUCCGGUACUCUAUAUAAAGAUGAAGAAUUCCCAGCGUGCCCAUCUGCACUGGGUUACAAUCAACUAGGACCAGGCUCAUACAAAACCAGUGGAAUCAUAUGGAAGAGACCCAAGGAGAUUUGCCCCAACCCACAGUUCAUUGUGGAUGGAGCAACGCGUGGAGACAUCCGUCAAGGGGCCCUUGGGGAUUGCUGGCUCCUGGCCGCCAUCGCAUCUCUUACGCUGGAUCCAGACCUUGUAGCCCAGGUGGUUCCAGAGAAUCAAAGUUUCCAGAAGGACUACGCUGGAAUCUUCCACUUCAGGUUCUGGCAGUACGGAGAGUGGGUGGAUGUGGUGGUGGAUGACAGGCUGCCGACAAAGAAUGGGAAACUGGUGUUUGUUCACUCUGCAGAAGGUGAUGAGUUCUGGAGUGCCCUGCUGGAAAAGGCCUAUGCAAAGUUGAAUGGCUCCUAUGAAGCUCUGACUGGUGGUUCUACCAUAGAGGGAUUUGAGGACUUUACUGGAGGUAUCGCUGAAGUCUAUGAACUGAAGAAGGCUCCAGCUAAUUUAUUCCAGGUCAUCCAGAAAGCCCUAAAGGCUGAAUCACUGCUUGGCUGCUCUAUUGAUAUUACAAAUGCCUAUGACACUGAAGCCAUCACAAGCAGAAAGCUGGUUAAAGGACAUGCCUAUUCUGUGACUGGCGCUGAGGAGGUGUUAUACCGAGGUCGCCAGGAGAAGCUGAUCCGCGUGAGAAAUCCCUGGGGAGAAGUGGAAUGGACAGGACCUUGGAGUGAUGAGGCUCCAGAAUGGAAUUAUGUUGAUCCAAAAGUAAAAGCUGUUCUGGAUAAAAGAUCUGAGGAUGGAGAAUUUUGGAUGGCGUUUUCAGACUUUCUCAGAGAGUAUUCCCGCCUGGAGAUCUGUAACCUGUCUCCUGACACACUCACCAGCACCGACCAGCAUAAAUGGAACAUAACUCUGUACACCGGGAGCUGGGCACGGGGAUCUACUGCCGGAGGCUGCCAAAACUACCCAGCAACAUUCUGGACCAACCCACAAUUUCGCAUUAAACUGGAUGAGCCCGAUGAUGAUCAUCAGGGGCCCAACAUUGAGCCGUGUUGUACUGUCAUUGUGGGAUUGAUGCAGAAGAACCGCAGAAGAAAGAAGAAGAUGGGAGAGGACUUGCUCAGCAUUGGCUACUCACUCUUUAAGAUCCCUGAUCAGUUUCAGGACCACACAGAUGCCCACCUCGGCAGGGACUUCUUCCAAAAGACUCCAACGGCCGCCCGAUCUGACACCUAUAUCAACAUACGGGAGGUGUCCAACCGUUUCCACCUUCCAGUCGGGGAUUAUCUAAUUGUACCAUCCACCUUUGAGCCCUUUAAAAAUGGUGACUUUUGUCUUCGUGUCUUCUCAGAAAAGGAGGCCAAAUCCCUAGAAGUUGGUGAUGUGGUAAUAGCAAAACCAUAUGAACCUCAGAUCACUAAUAAAGAUGUCACUGAUGAAUUCAAGAAUAUUUUUGACAAGCUUGCAGGAGAUAAAGAAGAAAUUGAUGCAAGAGAACUUCAAACUAUUCUAAAUACACUAAUUUCAAAGAGGCCAGACUUGAGAUCCAAUGGAUUUACUCUUAACACAUGCAGAGAGAUGAUCAGCCUACAAGAUAUGGAUGGAACCGCAACAUUGAGCCUUGUGGAGUUCCGUAUUCUGUGGAUGAAGAUACAGAAAUACUUGACGAUUUAUUUAAAGGCAGACUCUGAUCGUUCUGGAACCAUGGACUCACAUGAGCUGAGAUCAGCUUUACAAGAAGCAGGUUUUACUCUGAAUAAUAAGAUCCAGCAAUCAAUUGUGCAGCGUUAUGCAUCCAAUGACCUGGCUGUAAACUUUGAUGGCUUUAUCUCUUGUAUGAUGCGCCUGGAGACCUUGUUCAAAAUGUUUGAGAUGUUGGACAAGAGUAAGAGAGGGGUCGUUGAGCUGAGUUUACAAGAGUGGCUGUGCGCAACAUUGGUCUGAACCUGGGACACUUUGCUGGCGUCGCUGUGCAACUCUGUUUCUGUCUGAAAGUGCAUUGCUGUUGUCAUAAUUAAAAGUUGAUGCAAAGCAACACAGAUACACAUAUUUCAUAUGUAAAUGAGAGAAUAUUUAUAAACUAUAAAAAAGGUUGUGACACGCAGAUAGUGACAUUUAUUUGCACUAGUUUAAAUCCUAGAAAUAUUUUGACCCAAAGGCUCACUUCCUAAACAGGUCGCCAAUUCAAUUCUGAUCCAAUAUGGCCUGAGGGGGCAUUUAGGGAGCUCAAUUUCUGCACCAAUCAAAAUGAACCCCAUGUCAUUAGGAUGAUAAUGAUCAACUCCAGUACUUAUUUCAUGUUACCGUGUAGAAUGAAGAAGAAGAAUUCACUUUGAAAUGGAAGACUCCUCAAUAUCCAGUUAUUACUCUACUGCAGUGGUCCCCAACAUGUUGCUUCUCCAACCCCUUGGAUAUGCUCUAAGUUGCCCCAAAACAGGUGCCUAUUUUUCCAGGCUUGGAGGCAAGUUUUGGAGGCAUAAAAAACAGUUGUACUGCCAAACAGAGUCUCCUGUAGGCUGCCAGUCCACAUAGGGGCUUCCAAAUAGCCAAUCACAGCCCUUAUUUGGCACCCCCGGAACUAUUGUUGCUCCCCAACACUUUUUACAUUUGAAUGAGGCUCAAGGGUAAAAAAAAGUUUGGGGAGCCCUGCUCUACUGACAUGGGGUUCAUUGAGAUCCCCUACGCAUGGUGGGGGCAGGUGAGAAUGGAUCUGCAGCUGGUAGUGGGCAGUUGGUUAAUACUUGCAAUGCCAAUAAAAAACCUCUGUAUGUCAUUAGUGUAAAGCUGUAGGCCAGAUCAGAGCCCCAAUAAGUGAGCCUCUAAUGGUAUAAUUGUCAAAAAGAUUCAGAUUAUUGUAAUAAAAGGUCUAAAGUUUGCCAGCAUCUAGUAACCCAUAGCAACCAAUCAGGUGUGUGCUCAAACAGUAAAUUGAAUUUGCUGAUUGUUUGCUUUGGGUUACUAGACAAGCAGCAAACAUGUUUAUUAUAUUAAUGUAAUAUUAACAAAACAACGAGUAUUUAGGGAAGCAUCACUCAUAUAUGGCAGUAACUUUAUUUCAUUCAGUAUGAACAGUGAUUGUUCUCAGAAUCCAGAACUGCCCAGUGCAAUGUCUCAUUACAAAGAUGGGUCUUCUUUCUUAUUUGUAGAUCAGGAAUAGAGAUUUUGUUGUUUAAUAAAUAUAAUAUACAAACUC